UUAUAAUAUAAAGAAAUGAUCUUAAAACUUCAAACAAUUUAUUUUAUUUUGAAAAAUAAUGUUCAAAAAUGUCUUAUUUUUCAAAAUAAAAGCUUCAUUAAAGAGUGUUCCCGUAGUUGAGUGCACCUAUUGUAAGUUGCACUGGAAAAUCUGCACAACGUAUCACUAACCGUAAUAAAUACUAUAGUUUAUUUAUUUGUUUACUUGUUAUUUUACCCCCAGUGUCCCCCGCAUUGAAACACUGUUACCUGCUCAGUGCUCACACUCUCUCUAUCGCCUUGCAGUAAGAGUUAAAUACAUCUCACGGUCUUAGCGGGGAAACUCGGGGUAAUGUGUGUAAAAACACAAAACCCCUCCGAAAAUCCCCUUAGUAUCAUAACACUCACUAAAGAGUUGGCAGGAAUAAUUAUGUGAGAGAUCCUGUUUAGGGAUUCUCUUCAAAACACCCCAGGAUCAGUGAAGGGGGUUAAAUCUGCGGGGUAAAAGGUUAACCGUUAAGUAUCGGGGUGUAGGAAACUCAAUCAUCGCAUGAUAUGAUGACCCUCGUGCAAAGUGGAACUUCUCUGAUCACCUGCCUCCUCCUCGCUGUCUUUGAGGAAUCAGUCGGUGAUUAGAUGUGAGUGCAAUAAUGCAAAGUCUUAGUCUGUGACAUCCCCUCUGUCUGUGACACAUUGAGGAUUUGUGGAGUGUAAGAUUAGAGCUUUAAAUCUCUGCUUCCCAAUUCGACCGUGUGGUGGCGGGCGGGGCAGUUGCUAGGUGUAGUCUGCAGACCAGGAUGGAAAAACACUUGAGUGGCGUUUGAGUGGCGUCAACAUUUGGAUGCUCUCCUCUCACAAGAGUUCUGUCAGCCGGGUUUCAUGAUGAACUACUGCAUCCCAGACAUGUACGAGAUGCCCCACUCCGGGGGUGGAGGUUACGCGGUGCAGGGCGGCGGGGGGGAGCACUGCAUGUUCCAAGGUGAGGGUCCAGGGUUCGGAUACUGCGAGCCCCAGCCUCUGCACCACCACCCGCCCUGCAUGGAGCAAGCAUGGCCGCCCAGCCAGCAGUUCUCCUGCGCGUACGCCGGCGGGCCUCCGGUGUUUAAGAGCGAGUUCUGCAGCCGGGACGUCCCUCUGAGUCACUUCCACCAACCGCCAGACUUCUUCCCCGAGAUCUCACCUGACUUCUCUCACCUGCAGUGGAUGCAGGGGGAGCACAGGAAAGGGUACAUUCCCAGUUACCUGGACAAGGAUGAGCUCUGUGUCGUGUGCGGGGACAAAGCCACGGGUUAUCACUAUCGCUGCAUCACCUGUGAAGGGUGCAAGGGUUUCUUCAGGCGGACGAUCCAGAAGAACCUGAACCCGACCUACUCCUGUAAGUACGAGGCGAAAUGCGUCAUCGACAAAGUGACGAGGAACCAGUGCCAGGAAUGUCGCUUCAAGAAGUGCAUCGCGGUGGGAAUGGCAACCGACUUGGUGUUGGACGACAGCAAGAGGCUGGCAAAGAGGAAGCUGAUUGAGGAGAACCGGGAACGCCGUCGGAAAGAGGAGCUUCAGAAGACGGCGUGGGACCGCCAGGAGCCGACGCAGGAGGAGUGGGAUCUGAUCCGCAUGGUGACGGACGCCCACAUGACCACCAACGCACAGGGAAACCACUGGAAGCAGAAGCGGAAAUUCCUGGUCGAGGAAGCAAUGCUUCUUAAUGAAAUAACAUGUAAUUUAUUCUAUACUUCUGACCAGAGUGCUGCGGGGGUGAAGGAAGAUAAGCCUGAGGAAAUUGGUCAAGCAUCGAUGGUCAAUACGCCUGAAGGAAACAAAGUGGACAUAGAAGCCUUCAGUCAGUUUACAAAAAUUAUCACCCCUGCCAUAACCCGAGUGGUGGACUUUGCCAAAAAACUGCCUAUGUUUUGUGAGCUGCCUUGUGAAGACCAGAUCAUCCUGUUGAAAGGCUGCUGCAUGGAGAUCAUGUCACUGCGGGCGGCGGUCCGAUACGACCCCGAGAGCGAGACCCUGACGCUGAACGGCGAGAUGGCCGUCACGCGAGGGCAGCUUAAGAACGGCGGCUUGGGGGUCGUGUCGGAUGCCAUCUUCGACCUCGGCGUGUCGUUGUCGUCCUUCAACCUGGACGACUCCGAGGUGGCUCUGCUCCAGGCCGUUAUCCUGCUUUCAUCUGAUCGUCCGGGCCUGAGCAGCGUGGAUCGGAUCGAGCGUUGCCAAGAGGAGUUCCUGCUGGCCUUCGAACAUUACAUCCACUACCGCAAACACAAAGUGGCGCACUUCUGGCCCAAGCUGCUAAUGAAGGUGACGGACCUGCGGAUGAUCGGCGCCUGCCACGCCAGCCGCUUCCUGCACAUGAAAGUGGAGUGUCCCACCGAGCUAUUCCCUCCCCUCUUCCUGGAGGUCUUCGAGGACUGACCAACGGAUUUUAAUGUGUGUGUGUGUGUGUGUGUGUGUGUGUGUGUGUGUGUGUGUGUGUGUGUGUGUGUGUGUGUGUGUGUGUGUGUGUGUGUGUGUGUGUGUGUGUGUGUGUGUGUGUGUCAGCGCCAGCAGAAGGCCCGUCACAAUGAACUCUGUUAGCACUACUGAGUGUCACUUCAUUCCAUAGCUUAGCUCGCUGGUCUAGUUUCCGGAUGAUCCAUUCCUUACAGUGCGGGUACAUGUGAAUAGCAUUUCCUUUUUGUUGUUGUUGUUAUUGUUGUGGAUAUAACCUCUCACCUCGGAUUUUACUCUUUUUGUUUUGAUUGAUUGUACAGUCGGCAUAAUUUAAUCAACACUUCGUUAGAAAAACGUGCAAAAAAGGUCUUUCCUUGUUAUUUUGUUGGAGGCGGCUCACGAUCGAUCCGUUAGCUUUUUAUGUGUUCCAUGGAUGGUGUGUUCACCGUCAGUCGUCCGUCUGGUGAGAGUCAGUGUCUCGCCGUCAUACUGUGACCGUUAACACACACCCGCCGGCUUCAUACGUCUCCACAUCACAAAGCUGCGUUCAGGAAAUGUCGGAAAGAUCUGAAUCUGCAACAAAACCCGGGCGGGAUCUCUUCUCUUCCUCUGAGACAACGGUAUUCAAACCCUUUAACACUACAGUAUUGAUAAUCACCCUCAGAGCACACGAGUAUAUCUCCUGCCUUUACUCCAGGAACGUUACCUCUGCUACGCUACAGCAUCUUUAGCAUACGAUGCUAAAUACGAUAGAGCGGUGCAGGGAUGACGUAGUUCUGUACGCCGACCCGGAAGUAAGCUGCAUGGGUUCCCUCGACUACAAAGCAAUGUGAUUUCUCCAGAGGCUUUUGGAAUAUUGUAAAAAAUAAGAUCUGUGCUAAAGGAACGCUCACUGCUGAUGUGUUAAUGUCGUAGGACGUGAUCCGUCUCUCAAACAGAGACCUCAUUUCCAGCUAUUUUCCAAAAGCCUACGGAGAAAUCCCACUGACUCUGAGACGAGGGAACCGGAAGAAGUAAAAUGCUAACUCACUUCCGGGUUUUAGGACUCAUUCCUGCACCACUCUGUACACCGGGCAGUUGCACUAUGACAGCACAUUAGGGCCAUGCAACCAAAAAAUGUAUUUCUUUGUAAAAAAAAAAAAAAAAAAGCAGGGGUUUAUUUCUGACAGCACAUGAGGGUUCAAAAGAAAGAUGUAUAUAUUCAAACAACGAGAGGAGGUGCUGUUCUAAAGGGGAGUUUCAAAGAUUGAUUUUAACGUAGGUUGCUUUAAAGGGCCGCCUCACGGUUAUUAAGAAAGCCGAAUUAUAAAGCAAUGAGUGGAUCAACAGGAAAACAGUUGGAGAAAUUCCCUUCCAUUCUAAGGAUUUAUUUGUAGAUGUUAUUUAAAAUGUAAUAUCUUGGAAUUUUGUGGGAUAAGUUUGAGAAAAUAAGCGUCAUCUCAACCCUUUUCUGUCCACGUUGGACCCUAGAUGAAUGAACCAGGAGGAUAAAAGGUGCUUUAUAUAUCGGAAAGCACUUGGAGGAGCAUGGCCCUGAUGCUCUGUCAUAGCUGCAUCCUGGGAAUGAAGAUCUUCCUCGUUUCCAUUUCUCUUUUUCUGCAUCUUUUUUAUACACCACCAUGGAAACGGACAAAGUUUAGAAACACGAACUGACCCUCAGCGAUUCAGAUCAACUUGGAAAGGAACGCAGCGUUUUAAACCCCAGAGGCCGGUCCGGUCCGGACAGGUCCGGCCAAACUCAAGCACAUAAUGACACUGAUGUCAGGAAAAAGACAAUCACACAGUACCAUGUUUUUGUGUAACGAUGCCACAUGCUGUGCCAAAAUCAAGUGAACGAUGCCCUCCGUAUUGAACCCCUGCUUUAGAGCGGGUCUGCAUGCCGCACACACUCAGUCCUCGUCAGCAGCUUCAAAGCAAACUUCAAAACAAGACUUCAUCUCACUAGGAAUCACAUCCCCUGAAAGCAUCCGUUAAAUCAGAGCAUCACGGGGGGCUGCAGAUUUGGGGUUGCACAAUUUAUUCUGACUGAUAUUGCAAUAUUGGAUAUUUAGCCUCAUCAUUCUGAGACGUAUGACCCUGGUUCUUCAGAGCGUCUGUUCCAAAUAAAGGUAUCUUAUUGAGACCGUAGAGAACGCUUUGCAGGCUGGGAAGCGCCUGUCCUUAGUCCCGUUUAUAUGUAACCGCUGUAGCAUGUUUGCACACCGUACUGUAGUCAGGGGGAAGUGGGUGUGAUCUAAACUGGGUUGUAUCUCGGCAGCACAGUCCAUAAUUCAGAAUAAUAAUUAAACAUAUUUUGCCAGUAACAACUACUUCACCUCCUGCGAUUUUUGGAUAUCGCACCAUAUUUCUAUAAAAUUGUGCAGCCCUAUAGUUGCAGAAAUGUUUGUCACCCUCCUCUGGUGGCCUGCAUUCACACUAACACACAAACAUGCACAGACACCUGCACAAUAUGCAUGGAUUUGGUUGGACUAUGACUUUUGGUGGCCUCAGAUCCAUCGUCAGCGAGGUACACCGAGAGCUGGUGUGAAAUCGUAGCUUUCCUCGGUCUUAUUUGAUCCGGUAUGUUCUCUGUUCUGUUUGCUGGAAGCCUCUCUAUGGUGUUGUCGUUUGCAAUGUGACAAAAAAACAUGUUUGCUCUGUAUAUCUCGCUUCCUCCAGCUGCACACUACUCCUCAAAAAGCCGCUUGUGUUUCUACUUGUUCCUCUCUUUCUGUGAAGUGAUGCCUUUUUAUCCAAGUAAUAGACUUGCUGCAGUGUUUGAAUGAACCCGGACCUCACACACACACCUCGAAGAACUGUACAAACUCAAAAUAAAUGCACAGACAAUCAGAGGGAGAGACAUGGAGGCGAGAGGGGGUGGGGGGCACCAGAGCCAUUUUGGAAAAGUAGCAUUGGCCACGUUUACAUGCACCUUGUGGUUGGGAGUCUUAAUGUGAGGCUGUUUGCAGGAGGACGAUCGAGCCUGAACGGAGCCGGUAGUAAGUGGCAGAACCAUCGACAUUCCUCACUUUGGUUUCAGCUUCACGGAUUAAUUAAACCAAUAUAAUGUCAGUAAUCAGGGCUGGUUGCACAAACAUGCACAGUAAGAAGAGUCUUAAUUCUGCCCUUUGCUUUGUCUAAUGUCCCUUUUUUAAAACCAAAUCCUCCCAGGAACUAAACUCAGGAACUAAAUGAGGACUUAAAAGUCCCCUCGAUGCAUCUUAAGAACCUUGAGCAGCUGCUAACAUGAGAUGUACCUCAAAAGCAUUUCAACUUUGCGUGAGACUUACUUUCUCGAAGCAAUGAGACCAAAAGACACACUCACUCAUCUGGUCUUUGGAAUUCGGAUGCAUGACUUUGUAUAACAGUCAGCAACAUGCUACGCUAACAGCGUCUAUUGCUUGACCGUCUGAAUGAAAUCUGCCGUGUGUUUUAGGGUUGUGUGUAACCAUCAUUUGUUCUUUGAAAGCUGCUGGACCUUCUACCUCAGGAGCAGGGACUGAAGUUCCUAGUUUCUGUAAAUAGUUCUGGGUUCCUGCAUUCGUAAAGGGCCACAAAUUGCACAAAAUUUUAAAAAUCCAACUUGUAUUUAUUGACUUUUUUUGCCACGAAGCGUCCUAUAACUCUUCCAUCAGGAGGAACGUUUCGGAGAGGAUGCAGAUACAGAAACACAAAUGUUCCAGAACAGAUAAAGAACCAUCUGCAGCAGCUCUUCAACACAUGCAGCAUUUAGAGAACAUUCAGCAGCUUGAGGAAACAUGAGCAUCGUUUACUAAAAGCUGCAGAAACCACACGCUGCAAAGACGUGCUAUUUGCUUAUUAGCACAUCCUGCAGAAACACAGCUGGAUCCGGUACACAACAGUUUGAUUUUAAAAACCUACUCUGUAUAUUCGCUGUGGAGGUGCAGAGGUUAGCUAAUGGUUUGGCUAUAGACUUACGGCUACGGAUAAAGAUUGAAUCCUGAAAUUAGACUCAUAGCUAUCACAGCUUCUCAUGUCCUUCACAGAUAAAGCCUCUUUAUCGUUGACCGUAUAACUCCACAAUACCCUCCGUUGUUUAUGCCCCAACAAGUAUAAAUAUAUCUUUUGAAUGCUCCUUUUCUUCAGCUUUGCUCUAGCUAUUGAGAGUCUUGUUGCGUGCUGGGAGGAAUAAACACUGCAGGGUCGUUUAGGGUCGUGGACAUGAGAUAAUCGGGACCAAGGAGAUUUAAAACAGUGUCUUAUCGGGAUCUUAAAGACCUCCACGAUAAGAUGGUUUCGUGGAAUGAAAGACAGCGUCAUCAGCAUAGAGGCGGACUUUUUGUUGGCUCCAAUGUGCGACCAGCCCUGAUUUCUUUAUAGUCUUGAGUUCAUAGCCUGGCUUAAUGACCUCCCAGAAUUUACCACAUCUUUUACAGUGAGCUCAAGUUUGAUGCAACACCAUUAUCUUAACUCAGAUAGAAUAAUACCCUAGGUGAAAUCCAUUGCAUAAAGAAAGCGUAUUAGGCUUUGUGCAACCAGCUACUGGCUCCUAAGCUCCCAAGGAAAGUGCUUCAUUAGGUCUCUCUGCAAUUUGGUGGCGCAACAGUGGAUUAAAAUGAGCUUUUUGGCUAAAAACGGUAGAGUUCAUUCAUAAUAGUAACAUUAUGGGCAAAGCAACUAUGAAAUAUGAAGAUCAAAGAUGCUCAAAUACAGUAAAGCUGAAGAGCCUGUGAUUAGAGACUUUUGUUAGUGCAGCUUCAACCCCCAAAGUAACUUAAAAGACAUCCAAUGUGAAAUUCAUGCUGGUUGUUUGUAGUUCAAAUUGCAAAUGCCUGUAUUUUUGUUGGUAAUGGAAACUGGAGAUAAUAACCCUGGGAAUAUGUUAGUAUUUCUACUUGAUAUGUUGGUGCAUGUAAGCGUGGCCGGUACCGCCUGCUGGUCCAGAAGACGUUUACUGUUCCCUGCGAGGUGCCGCUCGCCCUCAUCGCGCGCUCUCUUACUCUUACUCAGUUACAAACCAAUAACCAGAGUCGCACCAUAGAAAAGCUAUUUUACCGUACAAAGGAAAAAGGAUGUAUAUUUUCAGACUGCAGAUUUUUUUUACGGAUGUUGUUCGCAUAAUAUGAUAUUGUUUUGCAUAGUGUUAAAAUAAUAAUACUGUAUCUUGCUCUCAAACCACAUCUCUGCGAGAAGAGCAAUGAAUCAUGAAAAGAUAAACACUUACACAGUGCAGCGUUAGUUCUGCUGCUUAAAAAAAGGCUGUAGCUGGACUUCACAGAACACGUUCAGAACCAGCGUCAGAGACAACGUCAUCACCGUCGACACAGACUUCUCUCCUUGUGUGUUUGAGUGUCUUCUUGUGCAUCUGUUCAAACUGGAAACCGUCACCGAGAGAAAGGCAGUGAGAUGAAAUGUGUUUUAGGUUUAGGAGCGAAUCUGUGGCAGCAGAAACAGAAGAUAGCAGAACGUCUUUUUUGUAUUUGCUGUUACUUGCACUCUGCGUUUACCGGAGACAGCGUCCGGGGAUCCGCCGUCCCGCCAUGGACAGGGGUCGGGAGGACACGAUGACUGACAGUGAUUGCAGCUAAUGUGAAUUGGCUCUUGAAAAUAAAGAUGGUUUUGAGAGAA